CUUCCGCACCGCGUUCCAGCAGCAGCAGUAGCAGCAGGGCGAGCGCGGCACAGCCUGCGGCCGGAGGGCGGAGAGAGCAGCGCAUGGACGACAGCAGCUCCGUCUGCGGGCAGCCCCGGAGAGCCUAUGACAGUUUAUAGGAAGCAAGAUCAGGAGCUCCAGGCCUGAAAAUGGACUCCAUUUCUCUGAUGGGCAGCAGCCCUGCUACUACCAAAUCCUGUUUCUUGCCCAACGGAUUGAAGAAUGGGCCCAGGGAGGGGCCCAGCAAGCCCACAGUGGCCAUCAUUGGCUCUGGGGACUUCUCCAAGUGUUUGGCUAUUCGCUUGCUCCGCAGUGGCAUCCAUGUAGUGGUGGGUAGUCGUCAACCUAAGCGGGCAGCUGAGUUCUUUCCUCAUGUGGUGGACGUGACCCACCAUGAAGAUGCAGUGGGGAAGGCCUCCAUGCUUUUCCUGGCAAUCCGCAGAGAGCACUACCCUUCUCUCUGGGACAUUAAGCACCUCCUGGCUGGCAAGGUCUUGAUAGAUGUCAGUAACAACAGGCGUGUGAACCAAUACCCUGAAUCCAAUGCAGAGUACCUUGCUUCCCUUUUCCCCGAGUCUACUGUGGUCAAAGGGUUUAACGUUAUCUCAGCUUGGGCUAUGCAGUCAGGCCCCAAAGAUGCCAGUCGGCAGGUUUACAUCUGCAGUAACUCAGUAGAGGCACGGCAGCAGGUCAUUGAGUUGGCCCGGCAGCUUGGCUUCAUCCCAGUGGAUAUGGGCACCCUGUCCUCAGCCAAGGAGAUUGAGAACAUGCCGUUACACCUGUUCUCAGACUGGAAAGGUCCUGUUCUGACCUCUGUGGCCCUGUCCAUUUUCUUCUUCGCCUACUCUUUCGUUCGGGACAUCAUCCAUCCUUACAUGAAGAGCAGGCAAAGCUUCUUUUAUAAGAUCCCUCUGGAAAUGGUCAAUAGGACACUGCCUGUGGUGGCUAUAACUCUACUGGCACUUGUGUAUUUAGCAGGGCAGUUUGCUGCUGCACACCAGCUCUUUUACGGGACCAAGUAUAGACGCUUCCCACAUUGGCUGGAGGGCUGGCUGCAGAGCAGGAAGCAGCUGGGCCUGCUGAGCUUCUUCUUUGCAUGUGUUCAUGUGCUGUACAGUCUCUGCCUACCCAUGAGGAGAUCUGAACGAUAUCUGCUACUCAACAUGGCCUACCAGCAGGUCCAUGCUAACAUUGAAAACUCAUGGAACGAGGAGGAGGUGUGGAGAGUGGAGAUGUACGUGUCUUUUGGUAUUAUGAGUCUUGGCCUGCUCUCUCUCUUGGCGGUCACGUCCAUUCCAUCAGUAAACAGCGCCCUCAACUGGCGAGAGUUCAGCUUUAUCCAGUCUACUCUUGGCUAUAUUUCCCUGCUUAUUGCUACAUUCCAUGCCCUGUUGUUUGGCUGGAAACGGGCGUUUGAAGAGGAGGCCUAUCGUUUCUACUUGCCACCUAGCUUUGUGGUGGCUCUGGUGCUGCCUGUGACAGUGAUCGUGGGGAAAGGUGUGUUGCUGCUGCCCUGCGUGGCCUGGAGGCUGAAGAGAAUCCGCCGUGGCUGUGAGAGCAGUCAGCGCCAUGCUGACCAUGAGAGGCCUGCUGCUCAUGUGUCCCCAGAAAGGGUGACCAUCAUGUAACUGUAUCUCUGUUACACAUGGCUCAGCAGCACAACCAAAAUCAGCCUAUUCUGCAGUGCCCUGUCCUCUCUGUGACCCCUGCUUUGACCAGCCAGUAGAAGCCACUGUCUGUUUUUUUUAACAUCAUGGUUGUCACAAGGGAGCCCACGCUUUGUUUUCAUGUGGCUUUAAAGUUUUAAGUGAAUUGUCUUUCAGGCUGGUGUUUGCGUACCUUUUGACUUCUGUCCACAGGCAUUAUAAUGGUCAUCUACAGGACAAAGUGACAGUGUCAAACUCAGUAGGCAUGUGGUAGAAUUUCUUACUCAGUAUCCUGGAGCCUAUAAAUAAAACUGUAAUCUACAUUCUAUCCAUGCAAAUAUGGCCAUGCACACUCAUAGACAGUCAUUCUACCUUCAUAUAAUACCAUAGCAAUCAAAACUAGUAUAAUAUGUUAAAUGCUCCUUGAUUUUCACAAUGUUGUUAUAUGCUAGUGAUUUUUGUGAUACAUGUUGUUGUAGGUUAAUUUGUGGCUAAGUUGCUGGGCAGGUAGAAUGUAUUUGUCAAAGGAUUUGCAGCUGAUCCCACAAAGCAAUAUCGGCUAACAAGACCUGAAGCCACUGUACAGCCUCAGCACUCUUCUAUAAAGGAUCAUCAGACUACAGAACUGAUAAUAAGAUAUUUUGUUUCUUUUUGUGUAACUAAAUGUAAACUUGUAUUGCACAUUUCCAUGUGCCCCUAAUGUACUGUUGCCACAAGUGUUCAGUAUAAAAUCUGUCCCAUUUAGUGUCUGGAAAUCACAAAGAUGAAGGGAAAUAAACUCAUAAUGCUCUGCUGUCCCACAUGAACAUGGGACAAACAAAAAAAUCAUAAUAAUCUCUUAACUUUAUUAACUUGAUGCUAUUGAUAAUAGUGGUGUAACAUGGUGGGGUAGUGAAGCUAACUUUGGGGUCCAUUUGUGACACACUAAUGUGUACUGAUCAGGUAAUCUGAUACAUUGAAAUUCAGUUUGAUACUAAUCUAAUGUAACUUUGUGAUAUCUCCCAGUUGAGACACUAUAACCUGUUUGCUGUAGCUGUGGCAUUUUUUGUCAGCUGUGCCAAAGCACAAAAUAAAAGAACGAAACAUAAAA